CACCAAUCAGUUUGACUUUGACUUGACAUAAUAAAUACCGUCAGUUUAAUUUCAAAUCAGAAAUUGUCAUGUUGAGUCAAGUGUAAAAUUGACAAGGUCCAAUCAUUUAUUUUUAAUCAACAAUUGGAUCUACCACGGUCCACAGAUGCCACCCUUUAAUUUAUUAUUCCGUGAGUAAUAAAGGACAUUUAUGAAUAUAAUUGUGUAUUUCAGGAAUUGUUUAAAAGCAGUUAUUUUAUUAUGGACCUGCAUCAUAGCUUUCCAUGCAUCGGUGACCGCUUUCGUGGUUCAAGAUUACAAUAUAAGUGCAAUAAAAGUUAAUUCUCGUGGAGGUUUACUUAAAACUAUUGAUAUAUUCUUUCAGCGUAUACGUAAUGAAGAGAACCAGCAUUUCUUUGAUGAAAUCUACCGUACUCCAAAAGCUACUUAUGGACCAACCCAACAUAUAACCGCAUAUUAUGAUAAAAAGAUGUUUGUUGAAAAAUGUGGAGAUUUAUCUGAAAAACGUG